AUGCCUGCAAGCGCCACGUCCUCAACCGCCAGCCAAACACUGCUGUUACAGCCGUCCGUCAAGGGCACGGUGGUAGAAAGUGUCUACGUCGAAGUAUACGUGUUGCCAGGGCAAACUAAGCCUUUUUCGUCGUCCACGGCCUCCGUGCGCACCCUUUCUAUUUUGAACCGCUAUCAGAGCGCGACCUCCGAUUCCAGCGCCUCCCGAACCUCCCGAACCUCCCAACAGACGCGCUCGACGCAAACGCUUCUGCAGCUUAUGCAGUCAGCCUCUUCGUCCACCACGCUGGUGCAAUCCGCUUCAGUGAGCCCCGCGAGCUCUGAGAUCGUGGAUAAGAUAUCUGCGGGCCAAAAUGCUUCGUCUGCGACCAUCGCGCUUUCUAUCGGCCUGCCCUUGGGGAUAUUCUGCCUCGCUUUUUUUCUCAUCUUCGCGCUGCUCUGGCUGAGGAGACGCAGCGCGGUACGGCCGCCGCAGGACCCGUUCGCGAAGUCCCCCGCCGAUGUCGCUAGCAAUCACCAAACGCCUUGGAAACGCUUUGUCGAUCGCUGCCUGGCGCCUAAAGAGAGUACCCAUUCUCACUCAUUUCACAGCAACGCCGGCGCUACCAUCAAGUAUAAGAUAUCAACUGUUAACCCCCAGGCCACUAGCCCUGGCGCCUUGCCGUCAUACAGCGAGCACGUGCAAACUCCCCAGAAGGUCGCGCUUCCCUUCAACCGUAGCUCCAGCUCACAUCGAAUCGAAGCCUUUUUGUACACCAAACCGCCAGGCCUAAAGUCUAUCCAAUCGACGCUAGAGACCACUUCCGCUGCGAGCGACAAUCCGUUUGAUAACAGUCAUCAGUUGCCAAAUGGUGGCAAGUGGACGUAUGAGUCACCGCUCUCCCGAUGGUUCCUCACCAAGUCGCUGUAUCUUCAAGACCAAGUUAAGCAGCCUUUAAAGUCGUCAAAUGUUAAGCUCAAAGAGCUAAAUAUUUUAUCGAGGGUCUCUAAGAACAAAAUCCAGAGUCCAUACCCGGAUGAAACUUCGCCAAUUCUCAGUGACACCGACCGGCUGUCUGAGAGUAAAACCUCCUAUGCCAGUAGCCAAUUGGAUCCGCUGGUAUACCGCAGCUCAUCCCUGAAAUACACCGAGAGAAAGAAGCCCACAGGUCUCACUAAUAUAAGGGCUGUCAGCUCUGCUCAAAGGUCGCCCGCCGGACCCCAUCCGCAACCUUCGGCAGCUGAAGUAGACAUAAAGCCUCAGUUCAUUCGCAAGACCAACUCAGAAAGCUCUUCUUUCUUGGAUUCUUCCCGCGUCAAAAAUGCAUGCACUUACAAGAGCUCCGCUCCUCCGAAUGAUAGGAAAAAGAGACGCAACAACAAAAAGCUGAGAAUACACCUUGACCAAAUUGCCCGAAAACCGCUACCGUUGACUCCUAAACCAUUGCUGUCUGGCAAGAAGUCGGGAUCGCUAUUGAAACACGCUUUUAUGCACAAGCCAUUGGCGGGAGCUUCGGAUGGACUGGCUCAGGAUGAAGUCUACAUUGUAAUACGCAACUAUUCGCCAAGAUUGAUGGACGAAAUCACAGUUCAAGUCGGCGAGCACGUAAAGUUAUUGGCCAAGCACACUGACGGUUGGUGCCUUGUGGAGAAAUGUGACUCCUCAGGCAAUCCUUUAUGUGAGGCUAGCUCAGACCAACAAGAAAUAGGCGGCGAGUUCUAUCUCAAUGAAUCUCGCGGCAUUAUCCCAGGCGUGUGUUUGAACAAAGUUACAAGCUAA